CGGCCGUUAUAUUUCAUGCGCAGUCGCGGUGUUUUGGCGGGAAUAAUGGCCGGAGUUGUGCUGCGGUCGCUGGAGGCUUUCCGAUUGCGGCAGAUCAGUCCCGUAUGGGUGGAUACAGUAUGGGAGGUGGAUUUUACAGAGACUGAACCGUUAGAUGUAUGCUUGGAGGAGGAGAUUACAGAAAAUGGACUUGAAGCAUUCUCCCAACUUUAUAAGAGUAUCUUUAAAUUCAUUGAUCAGCCACAACAAGCUAAAGAAGUGGGCGAUGUCUGGACACUGUUUGCAGAGAAUAAUCUCUCCCACAGAGCCCUUGUUGCUGUGUUAUAUCACUUUAUCCACAUGGUUCAGAAUAAGAAGGCUACUGUCAUUCAGAGACAAUAUGCUUUAAAUGCAGCUGGAUUGUACUUCCUGCUCCUUGAAAUCCCAGGAAGCGUUGCCAAUCGUAUCUUCCAUCCAGUGCUAUUUGACAAAUGUUUGGAUACUAUUAAAAAGAGCUGGCCUGCGGCAGAAGGAGGAUAUCGAAAACGGAAGAAAGACAUCCAGAUGAAGAGCUCUCGAGGUGAUGGUAAAGGAAGAAAAAGAGCUAGACCAGUUAGACAGAAGGAGAAUGAGGAUAUAUUUGAGGAAGAAGACGGUGAGGAGGAUACUGACUAUUUGUCCACACAUGAUCUGAUUCUAAUCAGGGAUGAUCUUUUCUCUCUGCUGAAAAAUUUCCUGCGAUUGCUCUCUAAAUUCCCUUUGAAGGAGAAACCUGAUAGUGCACAACACGUUCUGCAGCUCUUCACCGAACUGACCAACUUUGAACCUAUACCAGGAGGAUUAGAACUUUCAGAUUCAAUAAAUUUUGAAAGAGUGACGACUUUGCCUGAAUUAUCUUAUAAUGGGCUUAAAUUACUGUGCUCACCCAUCCAUGGGGAUGUUAAUAAGACACUGCGCUACCUGUUUCAAAGAUUAUUAAGUAUAAUUUUAAUGCUGGAUGGUGAGGAAGGUACCAGAUCUAUUGCACUCUUGGGAGUGGGACAGAGAGCUGUCAACGCCAGAGAUCAGGCCAUUAGAUUUGUAAGCUACAUUGUGGAUGAGGUGAAAGAGACUGCAUUGCCUGUACUUCGAAUUUUGCUUCAACACAUCUGCGCUAAGGUGCCAGAUAAAGCUGAGUAUCGGACCCAUGGUGCCCAGGCCCUUGUGAAAUUGCUAACAAAGCUUCCUUGUGCGGAUUAUGUUGCUUUCUUGGAUUGGUUCCAUAAAUAUUCACAAAACAGCAAGGUAUCUUACAGAAAUUUUGCCUUGGAUGUAAUAAUGGCUUUGCUGAAAUUACCUGAAAGGGAAGAAGAUCUUUCUAUUCCGCCAGAGCAUCAGAAGUAUCUAAGUAACAAGUAUUGGAUCCAGGUGGUGAUCUUGGGUAGAUGCUCGGAUAAGGCUCCUACAGUCCGGAGCAGGGCACUAUCUUGUCUUGCACAGUGUUUAGACUUAAAUAUUGUAACAGCUUUAGAGUCUGUUCAGGAACUACUGCUGGGAGCCACAAAAAGUCUACACAAGACCCUGGAUACACCAGAAUCCUCUGAAGUCACAGAAAAUGGUGAUUUAUUAGUCACUGCCACCACUAGCCAAAGCAGGGAUGCAUUAAAAAGUAUUGAGGUCACGGAUGCUGGGGAUUCGACAGUCAAGAAUGUGACAGAAAUUAUGUCAAUGUUACGAGUGAGGGCUGGUGAUGAAAGAACCAUCGUAAGGAAAUCAGCCAUUCAGGUGCUUGUAAGCAUUUUGAAACAGAACAUUGUCUUCUGCACCCAAGAUGAUCUGUCUGUAUUACAAGACCGUUGUCGAGAUCCUGCCCCAUCUGUCCGCAAGCAAACACUGCAGUCCAUCACAGAUCUUCUGUUGGCUCAACCCAGUAAUGCAAUGCUGCAGAAGGCUUGGAUGAAUGGAGUUAUCCCAGUUGUAAUUGAUUCUGAGAAUUCUAUCCAGGAAAAAGCACUGGAGUAUAUGAAUCAAGUGAUAAUACAGCAAAUCAAGAACUACAGGCAGUUCAAUGAUGAAGACAAGUACCAAAGAUUGGCCUGGGAUGUUUUAGCACUUCUUGCACUUGAGUAUCAGGAGCUUUGUCGUUACCUGACCAAAGCUUUCUUUCUGUGGUCACAACAAGAUAAAUUCAGUUCAACGUUUAUAAAAGACCUCAUCUCUCACACUGACACUGAUCAUGCCCCUGCUGCCUGGAUGCUGCUUUCAAAAGUUGCAGGAUCCUUCCCAGAGUUGAAUUAUGCAAAAAUUGUAGACACUUGGGAUGAUGUUUACAGAUCUAAGAAUAUAGACAACAGAACAAGCCACAUUUUGAGUGUUGUAGGUAACAUUGCUCAUCAUUUGUUGGAGGAAACUAGAGCUAAACUGAUAGAUGAGGUCCAGAAUUGGAUAAGUGCAUUUUGCUCUCCUCCAGAAAUAAUUAGUCAGGCAGUUGAGACCUUGUACAAGCUCUGUCAGGCUCAUUGUAAGACUCCUGAUGAUACACAGGUCCUGCUGGAUCAGGUAUGUGGAAAGCUAAUCUUCAUAUGUGAGGCUUACAUCUCCAAUAUUGUUCUUGGCGAUGCAGGAGCUCAGCAUGUGGAUGAAAGUAUGUUGGUGAAACACCUUUUCACACUUGGUGAGACAGCACAGUUGUGCCCUGGGAAAGUUGAGAAGCGGAUCUUCUUCCUGGUUCAGUCAUUUCUUGCUUCUCCUCUCAGUUUAUGUCCGGAUGGCGGUGAUCUCCCGGCUUCACAGUCCCUCACUGAGUUUUCAGGAUCUGCUGCUGUAUCUUCUGUUGUCCGAGCACAUGCCUUUUUCACUCUGGGAAAGCUGUGCCUACAACAUGAAGAUCUAGCUAAGAAAUGCAUUGCUGCCCUUGCACGCGAGUUGGAGGUGUGUGAAAAUGUAGCAGUUCGCAAUAAUGUCAUCAUCAUCAUAUGUGACCUCUGUAUGCGAUAUACUACCAUGGUGGAUCGGUACAUUCCUAAUGUUGCUGUGUGUUUAAAAGACAAUGACCCCUUUAUCCGUAAACAGACUCUGAUCAUGCUGACCAACUUACUCCAGGAAGAAUUUAUAAAAUGGAAAGGUUCCCUCUUCUUCAGAUUUGUGAGUGUUUUGGUGGAUUCGGAUGAAAGUAUACGAAGUUUUGCAGAGUUCUGUUUAGUCCACCUGCUCCUGAAAAGAAACCCCGCUACAUUCUCUCAACAAUUUAUUGAAUGCAUUUUCCACUUCAACGCCUAUGAAAAACAUGAAAAGUACAAUAAAUUUUCUCAAACUGAGCGAGAGAGGAAAUUAUUUUCCUUGAAGGGGAAUAAAAACAAAGAGAAACGAAUGAUUAUUUACAAGUUUUUGUUGCAACACUUCACAGAUGAGCAACGCUUCAAUGUUACCAAUAAACUUGCUCAUGAUAUUCUAGCAUGUUUUGUUGACGGAAUGCUUCCUUUGGACAUGGAGGCAAAUGAAUUGCUGUCAGAUACCUUUGUGGUGAUGAGUUGCAAGGAGAUCAAACUUUCUUCUAUUAGAACAAAACCUGGUGAUGAAGCUCAACUAGAUGAUGAAAUGGCCAUGGCUAAUGCAGUUAUGCAGGCAGCACAGAAGAAACUCAUCUCUCAGGUACAGAAGAAGAAUUUCGUAGAAAACAUCAUUCCUAUUGUAUCAUCCUUGAAGAGCCAACUGGAACAGAAGCACAUCCCAGCACUGAAGGAUCUCAUGCAUUACUUGCGAGAAGUAAUGCAGGAUUAUCGGAAUGAAGUCAAGGACCUUUUUGCUGCUGAUAAGCAGCUUACAGCGGAGUUGGAAUAUGAUCUUAAAAAAUAUGAAGAACAGGUUGCUCAGGAGGAAGAGAAGAGGGAUCAUGUGUCAGCAAGUGGACCUGUGUUAUCACCAAGAGUUUCACCCGCAGCGCAGUCUGGUGUACCUGUUGGACCUGAAGCCCCGUCUCCUGGUACAAAAAUGGUCCAAUCUAUAACCCCACAGCUGAGGACCCCCAUUUCAGUAUGGUGGGAUUCUUACUCCUAAAACAGGAAUACUGCAACACCUAAAUUCAGAAAUCCCAGAUCCAUGUCCCUAAGUACUGUGGCUAUUCUAAAUUCUGCUAAGAAGGCAGUGGAAUUGAGCCAGAAAAGAGGCACCACUGCAAGAAGCAACAGUGUAACUCGGAAGCAUGCUGAUGCUGCAGUUUCAUUGCAGGGCUCAGGAGAGCGUGCAAAGUCAGAUGCUUCAUCGACCAAUACCUCAAUGACUGAACGAGCUAUCAGUACUCCAGACCGAACAAUUGACAAUGUGACAUUUGGUGCAGGAGUCAGCUACAUUAGUAUAACUCAAAGCCCAGCAACUGAAAAUGGUCAAGAACAGUCACAGGAACAGCAAAAAAACAUGCUGUGUCUUCUGUCCCCAGAUAAACCGGUUCCUCACCCACGACAGUGGAAUGUGGAAUCGCCAGUUGCCAAGAAAGGGAACCGACUCCAAGGCAGAACAAGAUCUCAGAAGAAAUGUCCCCUAAAAGCUUCAAACUGAAGCAGAAAUUUACAAUUUGUAUCUUACCAUUAAGUGCUUUUAGAAGAUGUUUUUUUAUACCUACUCUUACCAAGAAUUUAAGCAGAGAAUUUCACCAUCUCACAGAACUAUACAACAGACUGCAAAUCUUUUCUUACUGUGACUAAUUUCAUGGGUUUUGUUUUUAGCUUAUAGUCCUGUUGUGUACUUCAGUAUAAUUUUUCUGGCUCUUAACAGCUUGAAGUUGAAUCCAUAUUAGAUUCUUAAUCAAUGUUGCUACGUGAUAUGAAUGGUGACCUUACCAGCAGGAAUUACUGGAUUGUAUUUUAGACUAUUUAUACAGCUGCUUUUUGUUGAUUCCAAGAGCUUUUGGAUAAAGUGGUAGUGUACUCUGAGUUGAAUCUUCUUGACUUGUACACUCGGACUAAAUUUGUAGAGUCUGUCUAAGCAGCCCCAGUGGUGUGGCUUAGCUGUGCACAGGACCAAAGCUGGGUUCAGGUGGGCAAAACCAAUCCAUUGGGAAGGUUGUGUUUUUAUAAACUUAAUCUUCCUAACAAAUCUGCGUAAUGAUUUGAAAGACAGGGUUGUAAUUAAAUGUAGAAAAAUUCACACAAAUAAUUGACAGGUUCAAAUAACCUGUUGUACAUAAGAAAACAUUUUUGCUCUCAAAACUGCAGGAUCAGGAGUCUGUUGCUGCUUGUCAUUAGUACAAGGUACAAAAGCCAGUGGGUUGUAAUUUGGACAAAGAUCAUCUUGAGUGCUACAAGCAGAACACAAAUGGGCUGAUGAAGGAAGUAUCUGAGUUUGUUUCCAAAGGUCCAUGAUUUGCAUUUCCCCGCUACUGUUGUUUUGCACUGCUUCUUUGUGAGCCUACACUUUCUAUUUCCCUUUCCUCCCUACCCCCUAAACAGACAGCAGCUUGCAGGAAUUCCAUUAAGUGACUUGCUGGGUUGACAACAGCUGGUUUACUUUUGCUGUGAAUCAAACAGUUGGCUAUAGAGGGAAGGCAAAUAUGCUAUUGCCUAUCCCAAUGAUUCCUGCCUAUAAAGUUCAGCUUGAGCUGAGCCAUGAUGUCUAAACAUUUGUGUGGAUGGCUUUUAAUAAUUAAAUUCAUUCAGGAAGAAUGUCCACGACGGUAAGGUACAGAGGCCUUUAGACUGUUUAGUAGUGAGGGUGCAUGGUGGAAUUCUGGUGAGUAUAACCAAGGUAGAAUAGACUUUUUACAUUUAGCAGAAUACAGAAGGUUGGAUUAUGUAAAUAUCCACCUAAAUGUAAAAUGACAAGUAUGAUUGAAUUUGUUAUUAAUUUAGGGGCUGAAUAUUUCUUUUAUGAAGUUCCACAAUUAAGUAACUGAAAUGUUAAAUAUUAAUGACCCUUCCAUAAAAGUUUGAAAGGAAAGGUUUGAAGGAGAUGUUAUUUGAUGAAUAAGAUUGGGGGGGGGGGGGUGGAGAAUGGAGUAUUACCUCUUGUGGAAGAAUCUCUAGAACUAGGGGUUGCUGUUUAAGGAUAAGAGAGUCACUCAUUUAAGUCUGGAGAUGAGAUGAGUGAAUUCUUUCCUGAGGGUUGUAAAUCUUUGGACCUUGGGGUGGCACUGCAAUUCGUGCAGCAGUCUUGCAGCUCCACAGUCCAGCAUCAAUUCUGAUCUGAAACUAGGUGACCACAGCUGCUCCAGUUUCCUCCCACUGAUUGGUUGUUAGACUGUCUCAGGUAAAUUACUUUUAGUGCUGCUGGCUUAUGGGGGAAUUGGAGGUAUGGUAAUGGGUAUGUGAGAGAAUGGAUUGUGGGGGAAUGGGAUUGCUCAGAGCCAGCAUAGACUACGCAGAUUGACCUCCUGUGUUGGAAAGAAUGAUGAAUUGAUAAGCAAAGAGGUGAAAUUUUACUACAGGUAGACCAAAGUACAGUCAGAUCAAUCGGGAGAGCAGGAUUGAGGAUCUGAAUGGCUCACUCCUAAUUUGUAAGUAAACUUUCAACUUAGUUAUGCCAUGGCUGGUUAUAUUUUUGAGAAUAAGGAAAUUCCAGUUAAUUAAGUCAAGAACCAGAAUCAUGCAAAUGGUUUAUUAAUUUUGAAUGCAAAUUACUGUUAAAAUCAUAACUUUUCAGGAUUCCCUGUUCAAAUCUAAAUGCAUGUUUAUCUUGCUUUAAGCCAGCACAGUGGUAUAUUCACAAUUUAUUGCAAUGCAGUUUCUGAAUUUAUUUAAACUAUAUUUACUCAAUGUUAUUCUGCAUUUACUAAGAUCAUUACAAUCUCAGAUUUACCCUUUGUUCUCCCACUGCUAUACCAGAAUUUGGGAUUGAAUCCAUUUUUGAUUUAGCCACACAGAGAAUGCACUGAUUUCAUCUUUCUUCCCUCAACUUAGAGGAAGAGAGUUUCAGGCAAUUUAAGUGUAUGGGUACAAGUCGACAGUUCUUAACCCAAUUUAGUCCCUUUUGUUUUUCUUUGCUUUUUUUUUGCUUUAUCCUCACAAUAAUUUAGAGAUUUAAUGAACAUUUGUUUGAAAUCAAAUUCCUCCAUACUAUUGUUGUUGACAAUAAUGUAGAUGAUUAAGAAAACUUUUAUAUGUGCAGUGUGCUGUCAUCCAUGUAGCAGAGACAGUAUUUGAAAUUUUGGACAACUAAAUGUGGAUUAACUUUGAAUAUACUGUUAAGAUUUUAGUUACGUUGAAUGAUAGUGGGGAUUGAGCUUUCACGUGGAGGUUUAGGUGGAAUGAUUUGCUUAACCUGUCAAGCUGUUUAAAAAAAAACCCUUGUGCAUUAUUCCAGUAUUGCAGCCCCAGGGACUUAACAGAACAGAAUCAGUGGGCUGAACGACCUAUUUUAAAAGGAAAAAGGAUUCUUGGCAGUUCUUGAAAGUAACUAAUCCAGUUUACUUUAUCACGUUAUUAGAUCACAGCACAAUAAACAUCUUCACAUCACCCAAAAUUGCCAACUCAAGAACAAACCUUUAAUCCAAAAUUCCUGCAUUUUUCCUGUACCUGAAGAUCAAAAUGAAUUCCAGGGAGAAAUGUUUAGCUACUCUGACAAGAGUUUCUAAAAUAUUAAAACCCUAAUGUGCAUUCAGAGACUUACCAGUGCUCAAAAUUUGGGUUUUCAGACAACUUCCCCUUGAUAACCAAUGACAUGGAAAAUGACUUCAUAUAAAGGAAAUAUUCCAAUACAUCACACAUGCAUAAAAUAUCAAAUUCAAAAAUUCCAGUAUCAUUCAAAGUAAUUUGUUAUCUGUUGUAAUUUAAUGUUAAGUGAUGGAAUCUUAAUAAAUAGAUCUGAAACCUAUAAGCUGUGAAAUCCAAUUGAUGAUAUUUUGAUGUCAGGUCAAUAUUUCAUUGAUUUUCUGAUGGAGGCAGCAGC